UGUUGCAACCGAAGUCUGUAGAAGGACUGUAUUUGGAGCUACAGAAAGUUCGUUCGCCAUGCUUAGAUAAAUAACGUUGCAGUUUAUUAAACUGUAAUGGACUGACUUGUCUUUCCUAGGCAUAACAUGGCUUUGAUAAAAUAUCGCGAGACAGACGGAGAGACGGAGACCUUCAUCCAUUAACAGCUACAAACACUGUCCACAGCUUGCAGCUGUGCCCUCUUGUGUCGUGCCGCCGGCAGGAAUCCACGAAGGAAUAUCGAAAGAUGUCAGGUGUUGCCAGCGGUCGCUUCAUGUAUUUCGCUUUUGGAAGCAACUUGCUGAAGGAAAGACUGCAAUUGGCAAACCCCUCGGCGAUAUUUUACACCACCGGCCGGCUUAAGGACUAUGAGUUGAACUUUGGCCUGUGGGAGAAACAUGCAGAAAGCACUUGGCAUGGUGGAGUGGCCACCAUCGAGUCCCAUCCGGGGUCGGAAGUGUGGGGGGUAAUAUGGACUUUGAGCAAUGAAAACCUUGCGAGCCUAGACAACCAGGAAGGAGUAACCCUGGGAAAGUACUCUCCUCUGGUGGUUGCAGUGGAGACUGAAAAAGGUCAGAUGCUCUGCAGGACUUACCAGAUGAACAAUUUCCACGCCUGUCCUCCAUCUCCUCAGUACAAACAGGUGGUGUGUCUGGGUGCAGAGCAGAACGGACUCCCCAAAGAGUACCUGAAGAGGCUGGAGGCCAUUCAAACAAACAACUAUAGCGGCCCCUCAAUCCUUGAUCAAAUCAAAACGGUUACAAAGUAGAGAUUCAAAGCUCCCAUGUUUGACUUUGGAAACAUCAGUGGAAAAACAAACAAACAAAAAACAGGGUCCAUUUAGUGGCACGUUCUGCAGCACAAUUCACUGUCUUCAUGAUUACCUUAAUCAUACAACUAUUAAAUGUUUUAUGACAGUUAAAUGAAAACAGCAUAAUGAAGACUGUGAGAUUCAGUUAACAGAAUGAUGGGGGAAAAAAAGCUAUUACCAACCAUUUUUAAGGUCAAGACUGAAGGACUGAUGAAGUUAUGAAAGUGAGCUGGUACCACUGUGUGGCCAGGAGCUGUUAUUGCAUGCAGUUAAUUGUGAGGCAUUUAGCUGUUCCCAAAGCAUACCUCAUCUUUUAUUUGAGCUGCUAUCAAGUCAUUAAUUUGAGAAGUAUGUUGUCAGAUGAAUUUAAUUUCAGAGACAUCACAAUGGAGGGCUGAAAUAUAUGUGGCAGGUAGAAAAUCAUUCCACUGUUGCUCAGGGGAAUACUAAACGCUGAUUAAACACUUUUAUUGCACUGACUUUAUUAUGACUUUGACCAUUAUGUUCUAUUCCUGCUGAUAGAGGAAGACAGAGUGGCCUCUUUCAGUUGCGUAUGAAAGAAACAUACCUUGGGGUGCUUUCUCAUUGCUUGAUUUAAAAUUAAAUUCUUUAUUACAAAAUGAGAAAUAAAAAUUAAUGAAUCAUUUACGUAAAAGGGAACCACUUUAUUUUUUUCCAACAGAGUGGCCUUUAACAGAAUGAGAAUGUGCACUUCUCCCAACAUUUUUGUUACUCUAGGAAUUAUAGAAAAUACAUGUAUAGUACAAAAAAAACAACUGUCAGGAGAACAGAAGAUAUACUAUAUGUUGAACACCCAAUAUUAUGUUUUAAGUUAUUUUGAAACUCUAGGUAAAUUUCCACAAGUCUAUGCAAAUAUGUAGACUUCACAAUGGCACAAAUCAUAAUUUCUUCUGACAAGAAAACAAAGGCUCAUGCAAGCAACAUGGUCAGAGAUUUGUAAUAACCAAGUGUUCAUGAACUCUGGGAAUUCAGCAGAAAUGGCAAGAAUUUGGCUUCAGAACUGCAAAAUGAGCAAGGACAUAAACCAUCUGCAGGAGUUAGUUACCAAGAAACAUUUUCCCCCUUAAACUGUUUAACUGUAGAUGGAUGGAGUGA